AUGGAUAUGGUAAAAGCAAACUUCACUGUGACUGAAUUUGUGUUCCUGGGGCUCUCAUCGCAGCCAGCGAUGCAGCUCAUUCUUUUUAUUAUGUUCUUGUUCUUCUAUUUAUUAACAGUGGCUGGGAAUAUUAUUAUUAUCACUGUUAUCCAGAUAGAACCUCGUCUUCAAACCCCCAUGUACUUUUUUCUCACUAAUUUAUCCUUUCUGGAUAUCUGCUACAUAUCCACCAAUGUCCCACAAAUGCUGUCCAACAUGGUGGGAAAAAAGAAGACCAUCCCAUUCUCCAGCUGUGCCACUCAGAUGUACUUCUCUCUCUCCUUUGGAAUGAUUGAAUGUGUACUCCUUGGCGUCAUGGCUUAUGAUAGAUAUGUAGCCAUUUGUCAUCCUCUUCAUUAUGCUGUCAUUAUGAACCGAAGCACCUGCGUCCAACUGGCAGCCAUUUCUUGGUCCAGUAGCUUCCUGAAUUCCAUGGUUAUCAAUGUCCUGACCUUGAGUUUGCCCUACUGUGGGCCCAAUGUCCUGAAUCACUUCUUUUGUGAGGUACCUUCCAUCCUGAGGUUGGCUUGCACGGACACCUCCUUUACAGAGAUGGUCGUUUUUAUCUUCAGUAUCAUCAUUGUCUUCAUUCCUUUUCUUCUCAUUGUUGUUUCCUAUGCCCGAAUCCUUCUAUCGCUUCUCAGGAUGCAGUCAGCCUCUGGGAGACACAAGGCCCUGUCCACCUGUGCCUCCCACCUGACAGUAGUGGCCUUAUUCUACGGAACUGCCAUCUUCAUGUACAUGAGACCCCAGUCCAAGUCCUCCCGGGCUGGGGGCAAGAUAAUUGCGGUGUUCUACACUGUGGUCACACCCAUGUGCAACCCCCUGAUCUACAGCCUAAGGAACCAGGAUGUGAAAGGAGCUUUAAGGAAAGUAAUCGCAAAACAGAGGACACGAGUGCUCUUAAUGAGACACUAA